AGCAGAUCCAGCUGAGAUCAGAAACAGACGUCGCUGCACGUGACUCUUCAGAGGAAAGGACGUCUCAAUUAAAAACACAUUUCCUUGUUUCCUCUCUCCUCGCUUGGAAAAUACACAAGUGAGGGAAACGUGGAUGCAGUUUAAGAGACUUGGGAUGAAACCUGGUAUGAACACAAUGAAGACCUGCUUAACCCCACCGACAACCUAACUCCCACCUGUGAGGCAGCACUGCGCCGCCAGGCGACUAGUCUGCCGGAAAUACAAAAGAAGAAGAAGAAGAAGAAAAUAUUUCAAACUGAGCUUUAACCGGGAAGAAGAAGAAGCAGAAACUGAGAACACAACUCUGUCAACAUGAGUGAGCUGGAGGAUGUCAGCCGCCACAUUCAUGACAGGACCUCGUCCUUACGGAGCGUGCUGGACCUGUCAGUUGCUGAAUUGCCUCAAAAUAAGAUUAAGAAACUUGGACAAGAACUGUCUGCACUCGAGAGCCUUCUGGAGGAGUUUGAAAAAUGUGUUGGUCAACAGAAAGAGCAACUAAAGCAUCUAAAGGAACUUGAGCACUCAUUCCAGGAGGAUUUGGGAGAUGUCCAGCACAUUAAGGACAACAUACCUGCACACAUGCCCAGGAAGAAAGGCCUUGCAAAUGGAAAUGAACCUGCACUGAAGCAGAAUGAAGUUCAGCCAGCUCCGCAGGAAACUGUCAAGAAGAGCAACAAGCGCUUCAUCAGAGAGAUUGACUUCAUCACUACAACAGAGUUUGAGAGUAUCCCUCAGUACAUGAAAGGACGUGCGUCGUAUCAUCAACUUAACGCUGCGGUGCAGAGCAUUAACACGGCUGUAACAAGCAAGUACAAGAUCCUCCAUCAGUCGAUGAAAGCUCUGAACAAUCAGGCACGAAAGCUGCACCGACGCUUCAAGGAGCAGGAGACCAAAGAUACAAAAGGUCAGUUUUUUGUGGUGGAGAACGAUAUUCGGGAAUUUACCCAGCUGAAGGUGGACAAACGAUUUCAAGGGAUUUUGAACAUGCUGCGACACUGCCAGCGUCUCCGGGAGUUCCGGGGGGGGGGCCUCACCCGCUACUUGUUGUUAUGAAGGGAUUACGCUUUCUCUUGUGUUGUCUCUUCCUCAUUAGGGUGAGUUUUUUUCAAUGUGCAUAUUUCCUGGUCACACUGUCGAACACGACGAAGAUGCGUCAGAUGUUUGGCCUCAUUGACUUGUUAUAUGUUUAUAUAUUCAAAACGUGACUAAAGCCUCAAAGUGUGGUCUACAUGUACACAUUUAGAGAUUCACCAUGAAUUUGCUUUUGUUUGUCACCUGUUAGUGCACAUAAUACUGGAAUGUGUACAUGUAUGUAUUUUGUCAUGGUUUUGGUAUAAAUGAUUAUAAAUUAAAUAGAUUUUUCUAUGUUUCA